UUACGGGAUGCCCUCACGCGCGCGCCCUGGGUGGCGCGCUCGGGGCGCGUGCAAGCGGCAUGGAAGCGAGGCGCUGGGCAGCGUCCAGCGCGCGGACCCUGGCGAGGCGCCUCCGCCGCCAGCGGCGGGAGGAGCUGGGGGGCACGCGCGCGUCGGCGCUGGCCAACCGCGUGCAGACGCUCAGGGUCGCCCUCGCCGAGCACUGGCGGCUGGGCGACGUGCUGGGCUGUCACUUCCCCACGAUGGCGGAGGCGCUCGAGGCGGCUCGGGUUGUGGGGCUGCCGCAGGAGUGCCUUCAGACAGCGGAGGAGGCCCUGGGCGCUGGCAACUGGGCGCGGCACGCGGGGCCGCCCAAUGCUGCCAGGCGCCCGCCUCCCAUGCCGUCGGGGACGAGCGCAGACUUCCUUGAGAAGGUCCUCAAGGUGCAGUCCUUCCCGCUGAACGCGGACGCGGUGGCGUACUGCUGCUGGGCGCCAGGGGACUGGAGCAGGGCGGUGCAGGAGGGCCUUUACGAGGAGGGCGACGCGGAUGCAGUCGUGGAGGAGGGCGCCGAGCAGGCGUACACCAAGAGCGACGUGGACAUCCAGUGCGUGGGCGCGGAACAGGCCGCCGUGAAGGUGGCCAAGGCCGACGUCGGCGCAGUGCAGGAGGGCAGGCUCAUGGUGAACGGGGGCCGCUCUGGAGCCAACCUGGCCGAGGGCACGGGCGAGGCCGGUGCGCCGGCGUACGCCGUCUGCGACUCGGAGGCCGGCUUGGAGGGCGGCGUCGAGGAGAUGAGCAUCGAUAAGGAGGCGGGCGUGGCCAUGCAGCGCGGGUGGUGGGCCGCCAGGGCCAGAGUCUCGCGGGCCUGGCUGGGCACGAAGGCCUCGGAGAGCAAAGACAUGGCGGAGCUCGAGGCGCAGGGCGUCGAGGGCUUCGCGGCGUCCGAAGGCAAGGGCAUCGACGAGCAGAAGGUGCGGUGCUUGCUGACGGGCAAGGAGAUGAGCAACGAGAAGGAGGCGGGCGUGGCCAUGCAGCGCGGGUGGUGGGCCGCCAGGGCCAGAAUCUCGCGGGCUUGGCUGGGCACGAAGGCCUCGGAGAGCAACGACUUGGCGGAGCUCGAGGCGCAGGGCGUCGAGGGCUUCGCGGCGUCCGAAGGCAAGGGCAUCGACACCCAGAAUGUGCGGUGCUUGCUGACGGGCAAGGUGAGUGAGUGAGUUAGGCGUGCAGUUGCAUUUCUUGUUUGCCUCGCCGUGCCGCUCGGGGCUGUGCAAGCAUGUUUGGGGCGUCGCCCGUCGCGUGUCUGCACGGUUGUAUAUAUUCCAGCGCUUCGCGCUGAUGCCCCUCGACGGGGGUCUGAGCUGACAGGCCGAGCGGUGCCUCGGGGCCGAUGUGCCCUGGUGGCAGCCUUCUGCGGCUCGUCUGGGCUCUCGGGAUCCCUUGUGGCCCGCCCCCUGUCUUGGGACGGCCCCUUGUGGCUUUGGCCCCUCAGUGGGGCCUGUGCCCUUUGUGGGCUUUCUUUAGCCUUUAUAGGCCCCGCGCUAACAGACACAGACACAGACACA